CUUCAUUAAAACGACGUAUGUCUUUCUAUUUACUAUUAUUAGAAAGUGUGUUAUACAAACAAAUAAAUGAAUAGUGAGUCUACAAAAGGGAACUCUGGGGGGGUUAUUAUCAAGCCGUCAGCUCGAAAGAGUAUUCACAGCUAUAAAAACGACGAUAAGUUAAGAUCAAAUGAAAAAAUGGGUCGGUAUGGGCUGAACAAAUCUAUUUGCCAAAGACUACCCACUGACCAAAAUGGAUCAGAACUGGUUGAUAAAGGAGUGGAUGAAGUGGACAAUGUAAUGAGCAAAAUGGCUCGUCAAUCAAGUCCACUACCAAUACGAAGUAAAAGGAUACAAAGAUCUAAUUCUUAUUCACAGGAUGAGGAUAAUUUGGAUGAAAAUACUACCAAUGUGCUUUCAAAAUCUUUACCUGUAACCCUUCCACCACAUAUCCAUUACAGUGAUGAAUCUGAGGGUGAAGAUAGCUAUUCAAACUUUUUAUUAAAGUCAAGAGCAGAAGAUGAGAGUUACCACUCUGUGAAAAAUAGAAGUAAUGUUAGCACACAACAAGGUCAAUCAUCACCCCUCCAAAGAAAGUUGUCCAUUUCAAGAGAUAAUAUCCAACCCCAACCGGACAACACAUCUCGAAGCAUUAUACUUCCAAUAUUCUUAGGUCUUAUAGCUGUAUUCACCUACUUUGUAUUAAAAGAUCAAACAAUCAUCCAAACUGAAGAAAAAUCAACACAAACCAAUUAUGAUGAAAUUAAGUUUGAAAAUAAUUUGAGGAAUCUCCAGCUGAAAUAUAAUAUUGAUGAUGAUUCCAUUCUACAAUUAAAAAGUGGAAUAUCAACAAUAAUCUCACGGAUGGACUCAGGGUCUUUCAUUUUCGUUUAUAACGACAAGAAGAACAAUUUCGAUGCUGUUAAAUUCGGCAAGUUUACAGACGAAAUUGCUUAUACUGCUGCAAAGUAUUUACGUAGUGAAAUGUCUUCCAUACGACAUACAGUCGUAGAAAGCUCUAACUUGGAUAUGCACGAGCAUGGAGAGCUGAUCUCGAGGUACAGAGAUGAUGUCAACAGAUCUGGUGUGAUGCUCGUCAAAGAAGUAGAUGCAGUACCUUCAGAUCUGGCCAUGGCAUUCCACUACUACUGCGAUGAAUAUGAUCCCCUCGUCAAAAAGAGUGCUAUAUUUUUCACACUGAAUAAGGCAAAUUGUUCAAAUACGCCAGUAUCAAAAAAUACACAUGACUUCGUUGAAAAAUGUCUUAAAAAGAAAUGGAAGACUGUGUCCCCCGAAAAUAUAAGACCAUUACUAACCAGAGUGGUUAACGUAAUUAUAGAUUUGACCAGUGCAUUUUAAACCAGUAUUUUAUUGAAGUGAUCUAUUAGUUUGCUAACUUAUAACUACGUUUUUGUUUAUAAAUAAGAUUUAAUUAUUAAAAUUUAUUAUUAAAU